AGGAACCAGAGUACAGUAGAGCAGAACUUGCGCUGUCUUCCUGAUCAGAGACGUUGCCAUUUUAGGAGUUUUUAAAAGACUGAUCUGAAUGUAAGCCAACAAAUCAUUUCAACUCUGUGGCUAAUGGCAAGGAGCCUAACAGCGUAAGAGGAGUUUUUUUUUUAAAAGACCAGUUUGAAUCCAAACCAAUAUAUCUCAACGUCUAAAAGCACGUGACUGAGAACAGAUCAGGGGCUGAAAGAAACAUCUUAACAACACAAGAACCUGACUGCGCAGAAGCCACUAUAUUUGUUCCUGAAAGAAGAAAAAUUUAGGUCUUUGUAGUGAAUUUAAUAAUUGACGUACAACAAAACAGAAAAUGUUUAAAGGGCCCAAAACGCUUUCAGAUGCUAUUAAAAAAAUUUGUGAACAAUCAGAAACCAAGACAGGGUCUCUCCCUAUUUAUAUAAUUCCACUGAAAAAAAAUGAUUUCAAUGUAGAUGGAUGUAGACGUUUCACUUUUGGGAAAGAGUCCAGUAAACCUAAUCGCACCAUAAUGGUUCUUGGAGCGACGGGUGCAGGGAAGACAACGCUCAUCAAUGGGAUGAUCAAUUACAUUUUAGGUGUUAAAUGGGAGGAUCCAUAUCGCUUUAAGUUAGUUGAUGAGGGUCAGUCAAAAUCACAAGCUCACAGUCAGACCUCUGAAGUCACUGUGUACAAAGUCAACCACCAGGAGGGAUUUCAAAUUGAGUUCUCUCUGACCAUUGUGGACACUCCAGGCUUUGGAGAUACAAGAGGCAUAGAAAGAGACAGAGAGAUCGUAGAGCAGCUACGUAACCUCUUCUCUGCUCAGGGUGGUGUCAGUGAAAUCGAUGCUGUGUGUUUUGUAGCUCAGGCUGCUUUAGCACGACUCACACCAACACAAAAAUAUGUGUUUGAUUCAGUGCUCUCAAUCUUUGGCAAAGAUGUGGCAGAAAACAUCAGGGUUCUGGUGACAUUUGCAGACGGUCAGCGACCUCCAGUUCUAGAGGCGAUCAAUGCUUCAGGAGUCCCAUGUCCUAAAUCAGAAGACGGACUGCCGGUUCACUUCAAAUUCAAUAACUCAGCGCUGUUUGCAAAUAACAAAUCAGUUGAGGCAGAAAGCAUGAAUGAUGAUGAUGGUGAAGAAGGAGGUUUUGAUAAGAUGUUUUGGGAGAUGGGCACAAAAAGCAUGAAGAGGUUUUUUGCUGCUCUGAAUAAAAUAGAAACCAAAAGCUUGACAAUGACAAAGGAAGUCCUCAGAGAAAGAAAGCAGCUCGAGAAUUCAGUUGAGAAUCUGCAGAAGCAGGUGAAACUUGGGUUAGCCAAGCUUGAGGAGAUAAAAGAGACGAGUGAAAAACUUAGAGAACAUGAAGCAGAGAUCAGCAGAAAUGAGAACUUUGAAUUUGAAGUUACUGUCAGAAAGCCUGUUCAGGAGGACAUUUCUGGCACUGGAAACUACAUCACCAACUGUCAGCAGUGUCAUGUCACCUGUCACUACCCUUGUGCCAUAGCAAAUGAUGCAGAUAAAAGUGGCUGUGCAGCAAUUGGGCCAAAUGGAUAUUGUACAGAGUGCCCAGGAAAGUGUGUUUGGAAUAUACACUUUAAUCAGAAGUACAAAUGGGGCUAUAAAGAUGUUAAAGAAAAAAGAACAAUAAAAGAUCUGGAAGAAAAGUAUCGGGAAGCCAAAGGAGAGAAGAUGACUGUUCAGAAAGUGAUUGAUAAACUGAAGGCUGAGUAUAAAAGUUUGCAGGCUGAGGUGGUGAAACUGAUGGAGAGAUCUUCCAAGUGUCUGAACAGACUUAAAGAGAUAGCACUGAAGGCAAACCCUCUGUCCACUCCAGAGUACAUCGACAUGCUUAUUGAAGGAGAGAAAUCUGAGGCCAAACCAGGCUGGAAGCAACGAGUUCAAUCUCUGAUGUCCAUGAAGGAAAAAGCAGAGACAAUGGCUAAAAUAGAGGAAGGCAAAAAUCUCCUGCGUCAUCAAGAAUCACUUGAUGUUAAUGCUUAGCCAAAUCCAUGAAACAGCACAUAGUCACAGGCAGUCAGAUAAUGAUAGAGGGUAAAAUCACAGACAGCUGCAGCAACCUUUGAAUGAUUUUAAAGUUUCACCACUUUUUGUAUUUAUGAUUCUGAAAGUUUAGAAAGAAUAUGUAUUUGACCUACUACAAGCAACUUCAAAGUUAAAUAAAACACAAUAAAACUCAUUGUUUUUUUAA